AUGCUUCACUCUUCCUCAUUAAUCUGUACUCUUAAAUGUGGUGAAUGCCUUGAUUUAGUUUGUUUAUGGGUCAACUGUGCCUAUCUCAUUGUGAUUUGGACAGGUGGAGAAAGUUUAAGUGCUGGUGCCACAGGGAAGUCCAGAAAAAUAAUAAACUAUGGAUGGGAGAGUCAGCUAUGAGGAGAAAAAAAGUUUAGCUUGAAAGAGUACCUACAUUAUAGUCAUAUUUAUCCUGAAAGUAUUUCACGGACAUUUAUUUUGGAGCAUGAAACGUUUCUCAUCCAGCAGUAUAAUUCUCAACCUGCAAAAUACAUACCCCCAGAAGGAAGCCCCCCCCCGAAAUUCGAUGAAUUUCUGAGUGCCUGAGGCCUUGGACAUUUUGAAGUAACCAUCCUGGGUUUGAACCAUGAGGUCACGAUGGGAUCAAAUAUUACAUUUCUACCUAUGUAUUCUCCAGAAGAUGCCCAAACAUCUCAAAUUGACACGUUUUUGACCUGCAUCAAUUACAGUUGUGUGUGUCCACCAAAAUCUUCCACCAGUGGAAGACUGCCAGAUCCCAAGACAGUUGCAGGUGAUAUUGUAAAAGCAGCAGCUGAACUGACUAGAGUCCACAUCAUCUAUAUCUUGGAUAUCUGUAACUUGGGUAACAAUAAAGUGGAAGUUUGUUUGAAAAAAAUUUAUACUCCAGAAUAG